GGAAUGAGCCAGUCUUCGGCUCAUCAUCUCCUGUCGCCUCAGUCUCCCGAUAUCGCCGUUUCCUCGUUCAACUCAUUCCAUAGCAUCCAGCGACCCGAGCCCGCGCCGCCUGCUCCGGCUGCAGAUCCAGUCCCGGCCGCAGUGCCCGCGCUAUCUGACCCGGUCAAGACGGUCGUGCACUAUCCGCCGGAGUCGCUGCAGGUGCAACAGAGCACGCGCGACGGUAGCAGCGGAUUCGCGCCCAUGGGGACGAUGGCGCGCACGGCGAGCGCGGACUCGGGCGAGGAGCUCUUCGCGAAGGCGCUGAGUCCGCGCACGCCGGAUCUACCACGGAGUCCGUUUUCCUUUGCGCCGGAGGCAUUACUGCAGCAGAGGAUGUAGCUUUGGUUUCAGGGGAGUGGCGAGGCAAUGCGUUAUGAUUUUUUAUGUGCUUGAAGCAUGAUAUCCCUGCAGUAUUGAAUUACUUGAGUUGUUGGUAUGAUGUAUCAGGAAUUGGAACAUGAAUAACAGACUCACGAACAACUCUGAAUGAAAUGGACACACAGAAAGAAUAAGGAAUAAAAUAAACAUAUAGAUCUGAAACCUACCCUCUUCAAGGACACAUUCAAAUAGGAUCUACUAUACAAUAUAGCCAUUUCUG